AUGGCUAGACGAUUCCCGCUCUUGCAAGUCGCCUUUCUUGGUCUAAUACUAUCGUUAAUUAGUCUAUGUUCUGCAACAAAAUACACGAGGUCCACGAAGAAGAUCCAGCUGAAGUUUGAUCAGGAUGGAUACUUCAAGAUCGUGCAACUAGCUGACCUCCACUACGGCCACUUCCCUGAGACUGAUGAGCACACAGACAAGGUCAUCGCCAAUAUCUUGUCAUAUGAGCAGCCGGACUUGGCAGUGCUCUCAGGCGACAUGGUCAGUGGCUUUGCCUGGGACGGCACUGUGGGCUGGUUUGAGAAGAGGUUCCGCCAGCUUGUGAAGCCGAUAGCGGCAGCGGGCGUACCGUACGCGCUGAUCCUGGGCAACCACGAUGACGAGGCGGAUUUGUCACGCGAGCAGAUAGUGCUGCUCGACACUCGGCUGCAGCAGGGGUCGCUGACGCAGCUGGGGCCUCGGGAGGCAAUUGGGCUCUCCAAUUACUACCUGGACAUUGCGGCUAGCAAGGGAGGCGCGCCGGCUGCGCGGCUGUGGAUGCUGGACUCGGGCGGCAGGGGCUGCGACUGGAUGUAUGGGGGCUCGGGGUGCGUGGAGAGGCCAACGAUCUGGUGGAUGAACCGAACGCUGUCAGGGUUGCCAAAGGUGCCCUCGCUGGCCUUUGUGCACGUGCCGGUGCCGGAGUUCAUGGAGGUCUGGAACCGGGGAUCUGCGCGCGGCAGCAAGCAUGAGCCGGUCAACUGCCCCAUGUCGGACACCGGCCUGUUUGACGCGCUCAAAGACGCGGGCGUCACUGCGCUGCACAGCGGCCACGACCACGACAACAACUACGAGGGCCUCCUGCACGGCGUGCGCCUCGCCUACGGCCACAAGACGGGGUACGGGAGCUACGGGCCGCCACCCGGGUGGGGCCAUGGCGCGCGAGUUAUUCUACUGAAGGCUGGGCAGGAGGCGCACGAGGCCGAGACCUGGAUACGACUUGAGAAUGGCGCGCGCGUGGACCAGUCCAAGAACCCCAAGUUUGCCAAGGCCCUGCAGACCAAGAAGAUGGCGACGCGCCUAGGGGAUGGCUAUUGCGAGGAGUUCCCCUUUGCGCCGACCUGCAGAGCCGAGCUGCGCUACAGGCUACUGUCGCGCAUCAGUCUGGCAAACUUCCUCUACUUUGUGGGAUUUCUAAUCCUGUUGGGUGCUGCGGCCAUGUACUGGCAGAGGCUGCUGAAGAGGAAGGCAAAGCAGCAGGAGCACAGCAGCCUGUGAGCUCAGCGAAUGUGCGUGAGAGUUUCUCUUACACAAUAUGGACUGUGGACAUGCAGCUAGCUGCAGGCAGAUAAGAUUGACUCAGUGUCUUGACUAAACGCGUUGUACCAUCAAAGACAGCCUGUAACAAAGGGAUACCAGACAGUUUCUUGAAGCAUUCUAAAUACUGUGUAUCGCGCACAGCAGACCAUUUGUGAAACGCUGGGAAGUAGUAAAGUGGCAAGGCCUUUUACACAUUGGAGACGGCCCGUCCCAUGAUUGUAUUGGUUCCUACAGCUGAUUGCGCCACUGAAGGUGCCAAUGAAUCGUGUAACACGCUCGCUUGCC